AUGUGGCUUUCAAUGCCUGAUGGUAUUCGUCUGUCAGCUACACUUGCUAUUCCUGUGUCGAAACAUAAUGAUGAAAAAUUUCCCGUUCUAUUCGAAUAUAAACCUUAUAGAAAAGAUGACAAUUUCUUUAAUUUUGAUCAACCAAACAUUUUCUAUUUAGCACGGCGAGGUUUCAUUGUAGCCAAAGUUGAUAUUCGUGGUACAGGUUCAUCAGAAGGUGUUCUUAUUGAACGUGAAUAUACAACACAAGAAUUAGAUGAUUGUGAACAUGUUAUUGAACAACUUGCUGAUUAUUAUUGUUCGAAUGGUCGUGUAGGAAUGUAUGGUUUGAGCUGGUCGGGAUUUAAUUCUCUAAUGAUGGCUAUAUUACGACGACCAACUGCUCUUAAAGCCAUAUUUGCUGCACAUGCUACUGAUGAUUUAUAUAAAAAUGAUAUUCAUUAUCCAGAUGGUAUUUUGCAUCUUGAUCAUUACAUUGUUUCAAUUGAUCAAACAAAUGCAUUACCAGCUACACCUGAUUAUCUUAUGAAUGAAGAAUGGAUUAAACAACGAUUUACAAGAAGACCUUGGUCUGAUGUCUAUCUCGAACAUCAAUUGGACGACGAUUCAUUUUGGAGAAAACAUUCGAUUAAAUAUGCCUAUGACAAUCUCACUAUACCCGUUUAUCUAAUCGGAGGACUUUACGAUCCAUACAAAGAUGUUCCUAUUAAUAUAUAUGAACAUGCGCGGCAAGUAUCGCCUAAGAUCAAAGUCGUUGUUGGUCCAUUUGCUCAUGCAAUGCCUGAAAAUACAAAUCGUAAUCCAGGUCCUGGCUUCGAUAGUAUGGCUGAAAUGGUUCGAUGGUUCAAUUAUUGGCUCAACGAUAAAAACAAGAACAAUGAUAUUUUAAAUGAGCCUGAUAUCACAUUAUUUAUUCGUACAAAUCUCACGGCAGGCAACUAUCGAUAUGAAUCUGAAUGGCCGAUUCCUCGACAAAGAAUACGACGUAUGUACAUGAACAAAGGUCGAAUAUUGACUGAACAAGCAAUAUCAGAUACAGAAAACGAAUGUGUCAAUAACAAUGUGGACACACUCAAGUAUCGACCAUGGAUUGGUUUUGAAGGUGGUCUCUGGUUAGGUGGAUUGACGGGAGAUCAGCGACCUUUUGAUGAAGAUUGUCUCGUCUAUCAAACUGAUCCAAUCCAUGAAACUAUUGAAAUUGUUGGUUUUGUCAACGUGUCUCUUCAGGUGAGUGCUACUGCUCCAUUAGCUCAUUGGAUUGUACGAUUAGAAGAUGUAGAUAUUGAUGGCCGAGUGUGGAUUGUGACUACAGGUGCAAUAAAUGGAGCUCAACGACAAACACCACCUGCUAAUCUCGAACCAAAUCGUCGAUAUAUAAUACCUCUUCGACUUCGUUUUACGACAUGGACUUUUUUUCCUGGUCAUCGCAUUCGUAUUGCUGUUUCAAAUGCUAUGUUUCCAACAUAUUGGCCAUCUCCAUUUGCUAUGAACACAUCACUCUUUCUUAAUUCAUCAACUACUUUUAUCGAUUUGCCUGUUAUUCAUUCCAUAUCAUCGACAUCAUCACCACCACCAUCGUUCACUCAACAACAAGUUCCACCUGAUGAUAUUCUUUCAGAGUCAUUUUCAGGCGGUAAACCUAGAAUCUAUCGAAAGCAUGAAACAAAUCUAUCUACAACAAUUAUUUUUGAACGACUUACUUACGAACUUUUGCCUAGGAAUAUAUUCAUAUCGACUUUACUUGCGUGGAACAUUACUUGUUCACACUCUGAUCCUGCUGAUGUACAAUGGAAAGGACAGGCACAACAAUUCUAUGUAUAUGAUAUGCAUGGUUAUGCAUCAGUCAAUGAUAUACCUAUGAUCGAUGAUGAUAAAGGACUUUAUCCAAAUGUUGAUCUAUCGAAAAGACGACAUUUUGAGAUCAACGUUAACUUGACUGUUUAUUCUGAUCAAGAUUAUUUUUAUAUUAAUUUUAAUCGUCAACUUUUUAGAUUAAAUAGAAUAACAGAUGAACUUCCACUAACCUUUACAUUCAAUAGCAAAAAAAAAAGACAAUUUCAAUAG